AUGGCCACCGGAACGCGUUUGUGCGGGGCGCCAAAACCUAGCCUUACCACCACCUCGAAGCCUGCCACACUCACACCCCAGGCGCGCAGAACCUUCCAAGAGAGCUUCGACAGCUUCGAAAAGACAGUACAGCGAUACUCACGCACUGAUGAUCGUGAGUUCAGCAACACUACACUGCGCGAUGUGCGCAAUGCUGCGAAAGAAGUUGAACGUCAUCUUGCUGCGCGACAGUGCAUGCGGAACAUGAAGCGCUUGGAGCCGUUUCUGAAUGGCCUUGAAGCGUACUCCAAAGUUAUCGAGGUGCUCUGCAACGGCACACCUUUCUUAAGCUGGAUAUGGCUCGCUACGGACCAUAUCAGCGCUUUUGAGAAGCUGUUAGCAGCCUACAGUCAGAUCGCAGCGAUGCUGCCUCGAGUCGAUCGCCUAGGAACCGCUUUGCAAGAUAAGCCUGACUUUCAGCAAGCACUUGCAGUGGUGUACAGUGAUAUUCUAACGUUCCAUGAGCAUGCAUAUAAGCUGUUCAGACGAAAUGGCUGGAUCUGUUUCUUCAAGUCAUCUUGGGGCCAAUUUGGGAGCAGAUUUAAUUGUAUCCUGGAUAGUCUUGCAAAACACGCCACAUUGAUCGACCAAGAAGCAAAUGCAUACCUCGUCUCAGAGACUAUGCUGUGGCGCAGAGAAGCACUACAAGUUGUAGCAAAAACGGAGAAAGACCGGUCGACAGCGCAGCUUACAGCAGCGCUUUCUUGGCUGGGUCUUGAGACCGUUCCUCAUUGUGGCCAGGCCUCCCAAGACAACCUGCUUGACAGACUCAUCAAGGACUGCUGCGACGGUACAACUGACUGGAUUUUGAAACAUCAGCGUAUGAGACAGUGGCUUCAAAAUGGGAGGGGUGGUCCGAUCUUGUGGUUGAAAGGCAAGCCUGGGUCUGGCAAAAGUACACUGUGCGCAAAGCUAGUGCACUUCCUUCGUGCACCUCGACAGUCGACAGUUCUGUUCUGCUUCUACAGCUACAUCGUCAGCAGCACAUACCCUGACCCCGUGGUGUUUAUUCUCGCUACCUUGGUUUCCCAAGUCCUUCGGCAACGCACCGAUCUUGCCACUUAUGUCUACGAGGAGUUCGUCGCCGAGAGCCGUCCACUCUCUAUUCGGAAUCUCCAAGAACUUCUUUCGAAUCUUCUCCCGCAGCUAGUGAUGCCACGAAUCCUAAUCGAUGGCAUCGACGAGUGCAUUAGGUACGACAUGCAUGGAAAGCCAUCCGAUCUCACUCCUGUCAAAGACGUCUUGGCUUCGAUACUACAACUCGAAAGCCCAACGCAAGCUUGUGCGCCGACGAAGAUCCUUGUUGUUAGUCGAGACAUUCUAGAAGUGGUAGGAAAAUUGUCGAAAAGACCGACGGUAGCACUAGACCAAGAAAGCGAUGCGUUGACCGCUGAUAUAACUCGUUUCGCUACCAAGAGGCUGGAAACUAUCCGGGAGAGAUUCGAGAGCCUUCAUGGUGUCGACGAUAUCCUCCAAGAGGUCAAGAAGAAUGUAGUGUCAAGAUCUCAGGGAAUGUUCCUCUGGGUGCGGCUAGUAUUGUUGCAGUUGGAGGACGACGCAGAUAAUCUCGAUGACUUGGAGAAUGCGGUUGCUAACAUGCCUCAUAGCUUGCAUGACUUCUACGCCCGCAUCGUACACAGAAUCAUGCUCUACUCACCCCAAUCGCGAGAGCGAACCAUCAACAUACUGAAGUGGAUGCUUUGUUCGAGGCGGCCGCUAAGAGUCGCAGAACUCCAGGAUGCGGUCGUGUUUGCCUCGGGGGCCGUCUCGUUAUCAGAGAGAUCAAAACUCCCUGCAAGCAUCGUUGACCGCUGCAGACCUCUGGUACAGACAGAUGAUAACGAGCAGAUCUCUUUUGUUCACUUUACAGUUCAGGAAUACCUCACAAAGAGCGGUUUCAUUUCGCUCCGGGAUGCGGAGCGUUGUACUACCAUUACUUGCCUAAAUUACUUGACCUUCAGCCUCGAACUAUCCAAUCCCAACAUCUCGGCCAGGCGAAAAGCAGUCGGAGUUGGUAAAUGCUUGUACACUCUCCAGCCAUACGUUCAUGAGCAUUGGCUUGACCAUCUGCUCGCCUUUGCAGCAGAGGUUACGCAAUCAAGAGGCCGACAGUUGGAAGCUUGCUUGGAGGUUCUUCUUUCAAUCUAUUCUCACCAGUAUGUGCGGUAUCUGGACCCGACGAACAGAGUGCAGCCAGACAUUCUCGCCGCGCGAAAUCUCGAGCCUCGCCUGAGAUUCCUUGAGCAUUACGAACAUCAUUACAAAUUUCUCUGUGUCUAUGUCAGUUACCGGCAUGCUAAGCAAGUACAUUUCGAGAUGCCUGACGACUACAAUGAACCGUUGGAUCCUACGCCCCUCAGUGUCGUCCAGUUCGAAUACGCUAAGCAAGUAGAUUUUUUACUCUCAGCAGAUACGGUUCCAGGGCUCACACCAGAGGAACUCACUAUGUUCAAAUUGACCAAUUGUCCAUACGCCUUCGUGUGUCGCUUUCCUGGUUGUUCGGGCAUGUUGGCAGGUUUCUCAACUCAAGAUCUUCGUGCACAGCACGAAACGACGCACAAACCAACCUUCUUCUGCAUGCAUUCUGGGUGCACAUACAAGCUUCCUUUCGCUUCUAGACAGAGCCUGGGGAGACAUAUCCGCACCUUCCACAACUCAGUGCCAGAAAGCGUACCCAAAAGCAUCAGGCGUCGGCGAGCGACGCGUUCGAAGGAUCGAGAUGACCAUGCUGGAAUACCAAAGGCUGCGGGAGACCUCGAAGUCCACUCUCAAAUUCCAAGUAUGGUGGCAGAGCCUUGGACCUCAACUACAGCAUCUUUACCUGACAUACGGGAACUCGACAGACGGGAACCUGUCACCCUAUUUGAAAGUGUAGAGAGAUAUCCUUUGAGCUCAUUGCAAACCGCUACAGCGCCUGAAUUUCACCCAGAUAUCGAUGAAGAAGUGGACCCGCCCGACUCGGGUCCUACCAAGCCUUUCCUCCCCAAGCUUCCUGCUGGAUGGAUAGCGCAGUGGGAUAACUCGUCACAAAAGUAUUAUUAUGUCCAAAUCACCACCGGCAUCUCACAAUGGGAACUACCCUCCUCGUACAAACACUAUCGCCGAGCAGACGGUCAAAUGAAAGAAUACCCUUCCGGAAACGAGUACUCCUCAGACCCCCCCGCAGAGACUCAACGAUUUCUUAACGCAUCCAAUCAGACGAGAACGCAGUCUGGGACCGUAGAGACGACAAGAAAUGAAGGAUUUGGAGGAGGUAUGAAAUUGUAUCCAUAUCCUCCCUCUGCGGAGCAUAAUAGUGCUGCUGGCAACAAUAAAGCUGCCGUGAAUUCCUGGUUGGUCAAUGAGAGUAUCACACGUUCGCUAUCAACAUCUCCAGACGCUCGGCCAAAAUUUCUAGAGGUUCCGGGAUUACCUCCUUCGCGUGGGGAUUUGGGGUCACCUCCUUCGUGGGGGAUCCAAUACAAUACUCCCCUCUUCGGCCGGGACCGCCCGUACGACCCAGACCACCCGUACGACCCAGGCGAACCAGACGAAGACUAUCCCUCCGGAGUACCGCGGGCAAAAGAGCCAUUACCU